CCACAUCGGAUGCAUCUGAGAUGUUGUGAAUUUUUUAUCACGUGAUAUAGAAUUAGAUCUGAAUGUAGAUGUAAUAAACAAACGCUCUAGACUUUAUUUGGUCACGUGACAAAUGUCAAUGACAAGUUAGAAGUUUAUACUUAUUAAAUUUGACUUUUGAGACAACAAAUCAACCUAAAUUUGAAAUAUAAACAAAAAUUAAGCAAACUAAUCACUUUUAUAUUCAUGCUAGCAUAAACAAAGGAAAAAUUGACAAACAAGGCUUCACAGAACACUUACUUUCUGGCAUGGAACGAACAUCUCAUUCCAAAUCGAGAUGUAAAAAAUGUAAUCUGAACAGGUACAUCUGGGAUAAAAAAACGCAGAUGUAGAUGUGUCCGAUGUGGAUAAAAAAACGCUCGAGAUGUAAAAAAUGCAUCCGAUGUGGAUUCUCAAACGCAGCAUAUGUGAACUCCACGCAGGCAGAGCCGUGGAAUCGAAGAUGCUAUCAGAUGUGGAUAUUCAAACGCAGUAAUAGAAGUAGAUACGAGGUAAAUGCGUUUAUAUGAAUGGGCAGUCUAUAUAACUAUAUGUCAUUGAUCCGAAUUUCUGAACUCACCUAAGAAAAUGUCAAUUGUCAUGUCAUACGUCAGUAUGAAAGUGGGUUAAGUUAAAAUUAAAAUUACAUAACCCCAAUAAACAAAUAAUAAAUAAAUAGCACAAUAAACUGGAACUAAAAAAUGUAUAGGAACUUUAAUUGAAACUUUACAUAACCCUUAUGGAAUAUAAAUGCCAAUUAGUAGUAGCGCAGCUACCAUCGACAAGAAAAAGUCUUUUAGGUUGCAAACCGCUGUUAAAAGCAUCGAUCAAAAUGAACGACAGACCGAAAAGAGUCUGUUAAAAAUAGGUCCAGCACUGCCGGGAAGAGAUAGACGUAGUUUCUAUGUUAGAUCGCAUAGUACAUUGAAUGCGAGCGCUCUCUCGAAGAUACAUGAUAAUUCAGUGUUUUGCGAAGCAGUUAUUUUACGGACGCAUUCCGAUGGUCUGUUACACGUAUCACGAAUACAAGAAGAAAAAGAAACGCAUCAAGAUAGAAUCAGUUUAGAUAGACGUGGAAUUACUUCAAUUCCAAUUAUUGAUGGAGAACCUAAGCUCAGAUUGUUAUCCAUGCAACAUAAUUUAAUAAAUAGUUUAGAAAUGAUAAGCAAACAGUCAUUUCCGACUUUAGUUUUUCUAGAUAUUUAUGACAACCAAUUAGAGCAAAUUCAGUAUUUAGAUACAUUGACAAAUUUAAGAGUUUUACUGAUGGGGAAAAACAGGAUUAAAAAAAUUGAAGGAUUAGAUAACCUUCUGAAUGUAGAAGUUCUAGACCUUCAUGGUAAUCAAAUAACUCAAGUGGGAGGUUUGUCGAAUUUGGUAGGAUUGAAAGUGCUCAAUUUGGCGGGAAAUCAGUUGAGAGUUAUUGGCGUCAAAGAUAUACAAGGUUUGAUUUCCCUUCAAGAACUGAAUUUGCGAAGAAAUCGGUUAAAAAAAUUACUUGGAUUUUCUGAAGUUCCAAAUUUAGUCAAAUUGUUUCUUAGUAAUAAUGAUUUGCAAUCCAUAGAAGACAUAAGUAGUUUGGCCAAAUCUUCGAAUAUUAAAGAAAUAACUAUAGACAAUAAUCCAGUAUUAUUGGGAGGAGACUGUAUUUCCUUCAUGGUGUCUUACUUACCUCUCUUAAAUAAACUCAAUUCAAUGCAAAUCACGGAACACGUUCGAAAAGCAGCAAUGGCCUGGAGAAGAAAUAAAGAAGCUUCUAAUUCAACGUUCAUGGAUCUUACAAACGAUGUCGCUCUUAACUGCAAACGAGAAGAAGUCAUCUCGAACGCGAGAACCAACUGGGAAUUUCUACGAUCCCAAGCAAAAUGUCUGGCGAAUAACGGGAGCGUAGUUGAGAAAAGUUUGAAGAACCUCAAACCCGAUUUAGAGUUCAUUAUGACACCACUUAGGAAAUCGACACCCACGAACCCCACUAGAUCGAUGAAAUCGAAAUUAUCCACCAAAGUGCCUGUUUUACCUGAUAAAAAAUUCAUCCUACUAAGAACUUCAUCUCAAGAUACCGAAAACUCGCAAAACACAUCAUCAUCUAAUAACUCGGUCAGCGAAUACUUCAAACUACCACCGAUUUUGGUACCUAUUAUUACUAAAAUGGAAGAUGGCGUUAAUAAGGCUUCCGGCAGUUUUUCCAGCAUCGGUCCGAAUAUUGACAGUUCAAUUAGUUCCUUUGCGAGCGGCAGCGAACUCGACGCCGCAGAAACGACGUGUUCCUGCAUGUCCAAGGAAUCCGAUUCAGAUUCCGAUUCGGUGUGCGAUAUAGAUAUAGCAGCCGGUGAAUUAAUGAAGAAAAUUCCUCUUGAAGAAUCUGUAGUGAAGCCUGUAGUAGACAUCGACGAAAUAAGAAGUAAAAAUUGCUGUUCAACGGACACUUCUAGCGUUUUGUCCGCGCCAACUGUUUCAAAUCUUUCGAAUCUCAGUAAUUCGAGCAGAGAAAACGUCGGUAGAACCGUAACGAGGAAUAUUAAAAGUGCGAUUCAUGGAAAACCUAUAGCGACUAAAUGUAACGCACGCGCUGUCACGGCGAAGGUUAAAAAACAAAUCUCCCCAGCUUUACCUAAAGACAGGGAGCAAGGGGGAGAUUAUCUAAUAGAAAUUUGUGGCAGACAUUUAAACGUAUACGGUCAAGGGGCGUUAAGAUUCAUCGAUAAAAUUUGGAACGUCAACAAAGCCCAUGAUGUCACAACAAUUAAAUUUAAUUACGUCAAUUUUAACAGCGUCAUCGGAAUACUCGGCAAAAUAAAGCAUAGAUUUCCUAAUAUCGGUAAUUUUGUUUUCAAAGAAACAAAUAUUAGUUAUUUGGGUCAACUGAAUGCUCUAGCAGAGACGCAAGGUUUAUCUUCUCUGUAUAUCGAUUCUGAAGGCAAUUCGAUUUGCGAACAAAACUGGGAAAGUUACGCCAUUUAUAGACUUGCACAUUGGGGAUUGAAGAUAAUAAAUAAUAAAGAGGUUACUGAAAAUGAUAUAAAACUGGCUAAUGAUGAAUAUCAAGGGUUAAGCGACUUAGUCCUUUGGUCUUUGCCCGAUAUUUUGUUGCAACCGUUAUUGAUCCGUAUGAGAAUUGACAUAAACAGCACUACUUCAGAACAUGAUAUCAAAAAAUGGUUACUCUCGGCAAAUCCAGAAUUGAGGAAUGUUAUUAGUAAGGAAGCACUUCAGUGGAAAAAACCAUCUCUAUCUCAGGAGGAAAAUAUAAUGCGCCAAAAAGCAAAACAGCACAUAUCCCAUCUUUUAGACGACACGGCGAACGCCGUAAACAAACUCGUAUUGUUGGACGAACAAUGGCCGAGUAUAUUACACAAUUUCGUCCAGAAUACCUUAACGGAUUAUUCACAACUAGAUUUAUAUAUGAAGCAAAAAAUGCAAGAAUUGAGUAAGUGAUACACACUGCCAUUUAAUAACUUACGAAUUUUAAAUUUAAGCACUGUUUGGCACAGUUAUUUAUUUUGAUAAAAAUAUGUAUCGGUUCUGUUGUAAUUAAAAAAAAACUAAAUUUUUUAAAAAAAUAUGUUUGUUUUCUUUUUACGAUACCACAAUUAUUUCCAAUGACAGCUAAAUAACAUCAAACUUCAUUGGAUUCUUGUGACGUCAUCGUGUAGUCUUCCGUUGGACUAAAAUUGACUAUGUAAAAUCUGGUCGGACGGUAGACUGCACGGUGGGCGGAGAAACGGCAGUGACGUCAUCGUGCAGUCCUC